CUGCCUCAUUUCCUGCAGCGUAGGCGGAGGAGGAAGCUCUGUGCCCGCUUUCCUGGCCGGUUCGCCCCGCUCCCCUCCCGCCCGGCUCCGCCGAGCCGCCUCCUGCCCUUCGAGAUGCCGGCUUACCACUCCACUUUAAUGGACUCAGACACCAAGCUAAUUGGGAACAUGGCACUGUUACCCAUCAGAAGCCAGUUCAAGGGCCCAGCACCUCGAGAAACUAAGGACACAGAUAUUAUAGAUGAAGCCAUCUACUACUUCAAAGCUAAUGUUUUCUUCAAAAAUUAUGAAAUUAAGAAUGAGGCUGACAGAACACUGAUCUAUGUCACCCUCUACAUUUCUGAGUGCCUGAAAAAGCUGCAGAAGUGUAACUCCAAAGGCCAGGGAGAGAAGGAGAUGUACACACUGGGAAUCACCAACUUCCCCAUCCCAGGGGAGCCUGGCUUUCCUCUGAACGCCAUUUACGCCAAACCUGCCAACAAGCAGGAGGAAGAGGUGAUGAGGGCCUACCUGCAGCAGCUGAGGCAGGAAACCGGCCUCCGCCUGUGUGACAAAGUGUUUGAUCCUCAGAGCGACAAGCCAAGCAAGUGGUGGAUCUGCUUUGUGAAGAGGCAGUUCAUGAACAAGAGUCUCUCAGGCCCUGGGCAGUGAAGCAAAGUGGCAACAACUUUAAGCAUUUCCACAGCAAGAUGUUUGAGUCUUUUGCCUUUGUUUUGGAUACAUUUUGUACCAAGAAAGAAUUAAGUGCUUAUGAAUUAAAAAAAAAAAAAAAGAAAAAAACCAAACCUGUCAAUGAGUGAUAGAGGGAGAGCAAAAAGAUAAGUUGUGUAAGCAAAUAUUAUUAAGCUGGUGCUUAAUAAGUGAUUUCUAACGUGCUGUUUCAGAUGCAAGCUGCUUUGUAAUCGUGGCUACAGCAUUUAAAACAGGGCUUGUAUUUAAGAGAAGAAAUGAAGAAAUGGGCUUGGCUGUGGGGCACGGGAGCUGUGUCAUUGCUCUGCUGGCUGGAGUCGGUGUCGUGUGUCCAGGGAAAACAGACCUCUCACGCUGUGUUGUCCAGUGCAGUGAUUUUUACCUUGUUUUCAAUAAAAUUUGCUUGUAAUUAA